AUGGCCUGGAUAGAUGAACACAAUACAACACUGCUGAAAGAAUUCAUUCUCAUGGGAAUCACAGACCGUCCUGAGCUGCAGGCUCCCUUCUUUGGGCUGUUCCUCAUCAUCUAUGUAACUGCAAUGGUGGGCAACUUGGGCAUGAUCAUCCUCACUAAGAUUGACGACAGGCUCCAGACACCCAUGUACUUUUUUCUCAGACAUCUGGCUUUCAUUGAUCUUGGCUAUUCAACAGCUGUGGGACCCAAAAUGUUGGUAAAUUUUGUAGCAAAUCUCAAUACAAUCCCCUAUAAUUGGUGUGCUGCACAGCUAGCUUUCUUCAUCAUGUUCAUCAUUAGUGAACUUUUUGUUCUGUCAGCAAUGGCCUAUGACCGGUAUGUGGCCAUCUGUAACCCUCUGCUUUACACAGUUGUCAUGUCACGAAGACUAUGCUGGGUUCUGGUAGCAGUCCACUGUCUCUACACUGCCUUUCUCUCACUGAUAACCACCAUAAAAAUUUUUAUUUCAUCCUUCUGUGGCUAUAAUGUCAUUAGUCAUUUCUACUGUGACAGUCUGCCUUUGCUGACUUUGCUGUGCUCAAGCACACAUGAAAUUGAGCUGAUGAUACUGAUCUUUUCCACAUUUAACUUGGUUUCAUCUCUUCUGAUAUUCCUUGUAUCCUACAUACUGAACCUUGUGGCCAUCUUCAGGAUGAACUCUGCAGAGGGAAGGUGCAAGGCCUUCUCCACCUGUUUAUCUCACCUGACUGUUAUAUUAUACGGGACUCUAUUCUUUAUGUAUGUGCAGCCCCAGUCCAGUCACUCCUUUGAUACUGGUAAAAUGGCCUAUUUAUUUUACACUCUGGUAAUACCCAUGCUCAAUCCCAUGAUCUACAGCUUGAGGAACAAAGAGGUCAAAGGUGCCCUGAACAGGAUACAGAAAAAUCUGUUCAAACUUCCUAUUUGA